AAUUUUCAUUUCUUAGAGGCCUUAAUUUUUCUCUCAUAGUCAUUGGAGAGCUGAAAGAUGGACAGGACAAGACUGGAUUUAAGUUUUCAUCAUUCAGUAUCAACACAAUCAGAGGAAUCUGCUUUGGACUUAGAAAGGAACUAUUGCAGUCAUCUUAAUAUGCCUUCAUCAAGUCCAUCACCUAGUCAAUGUUUUGCUCCGGGUAGUCAGCUGUCUGAGACCAAUGCUUAUUUUUCAUGGCCCACUUCCAGCCGUUUAAACGACGCUGCAGAAGAUAGAGCAAACUAUUUUGGGAACCUUCAGAAAGGCGUGCUUCCUGAAAUUCUGGGCCGGCUUCCCACUGGGCAGCGAGCUACUACUUUGCUUGAGCUAAUGACCAUAAGGGCAUUCCAUAGCAAGAUCUUGCGUCGUUUUAGCCUUGGAACUGCAAUAGGAUUCCGAAUCCAGAAGGGUAUGUUGACAGAUAUUCCUGCUAUUAUUGUCUUUGUUGCACGCAAAGUUCACAGGCAGUGGCUCAGUGAUGUUCAAUGUCUACCUGCUGCACUUGAGGGACCUGGAGGUAUAUGGUGCGAUGUUGACGUUGUGGAGUUCUCCUAUUAUGGUGCUCCGGCAGCUACACCUAAAGAAGAAGUAUACACAGAACUUGUUGAUGGUCUGAGGGGAAGCGAUCCAACAAUUGGUUCUGGUUCCCAGGUUGCUAGCCAAGAAACUUAUGGGACUUUGGGUGCAAUUGUAAAAAGCCGGACAGGAACCCGGCAAGUUGGUUUCCUUACAAACCGGCAUGUUGCAGUUGAUCUAGACUACCCUAGUCAGAAAAUGUUUCAUCCUUUGCCUCCCAGCCUUGGACCUGGUGUAUAUCUGGGUGCGGUGGAGAGAGCAACAUCAUUUAUCACCGAUGAUGUCUGGUAUGGCAUCUUUGCUGGAACAAAUCCAGAAACAUUUGUGCGAGCUGAUGGAGCUUUCAUUCCAUUUGCUGAAGAUUUUAACAUGAAUAAUGUCAUUACAUUUGUAAAAGGCGUUGGUGAGAUUGGUGAUGUCAACAAAAUAGACCUGCAAUCCCCGAUCAACAGUCUUAUUGGACGAAAGGUGAUCAAGGUUGGAAGAAGUUCAGGCUUGACCAGAGGGACUAUAAUGGUAUAUGCCCUUGAGUAUAACGAUGUAAAAGGGAUUUGUUCCUUCACUGACUUUCUUGUUGUUGGAGAUGACCAACAGACGUUUGAUCUUGAAGGUGACAGUGGAAGCCUUAUUCUUUUAACUGGUCAGGAUGAGGAAAAGCCACGUCCAGUUGGGAUUAUAUGGGGAGGAACAGCUAAUCGAGGUCGACUAAAAUUAAAAGUUGGUCAACCACCAGAGAAUUGGACCAGUGGAGUUGAUCUUGGACGCCUUCUUGAUCUCCUUGAGCUCGAUCUUAUUACCACAAAUGAUGGUUUUCAAGCUGCAGUCCAUGAACAAAGGAAUAAUUCAGUUGGAGGGAUCGAUUCUACUGUUGCAGAGUCCUGUCUUGAUCGGAUGCCGUUGAAAUAUAGACUUAAAGAGAACUCUGAGCUGCUCGGUUUAAGUGUCCAGCAAAUUUUCCCUGAAGGUGAAUCCUCUCAGGGGAUGAUCUCACCUUUUAAGCAUGCUGCAUUUCACAUAGAAAAUGGGUUUGAGGUGACUCCGAGCGUCGAACUCCAAUUUAUACCAAGAUUAACCAGCAGCUCUCUGCUGCAACAGAAGAACGAAGAAAGCCAAAAGUUAAAAAAUCUGUCUGCCCUGAGGAAUGGCUAUGAUAGUGAGGUAUCAGUUUCGCUGCAGUUGGGUGAGCCAGAAGCAAAGAGAAGGAAGCACUUGGAUUCUCUUUCAAGUAUCAAAGAGUCAUCUUCAUGAGUGAGAAAUAAGAUUAUACAUUCAAUUUGGUACUGAAAAUUGAAAUAAGUUUAAAUGGUUAUAUAUCCAUACUGGGUUCGGAUCAUUUUGCCGCCUAUUUAGCUGUAAAAAUUGGGACUGCCAUAUUAUAAAAAGAUUGAAGCCUCAAGGUGGGAGAGUUGCCAUUCUUUUAAAUGUUCUGUGCAGUGAAAGGUUUGAGGUUAGUUUUCAGUUCAUACAACAUAUUAUGAAAGAAGGGCAUCUAUGCCGGUCCUGAGCAUCUAAUUUCCUAUUUACCUGGACCAACUAGAGGCAGGUGAAGUCCUUGUACCAUAACUACUUUCUGGAGGGAGAAAAAGUUCACAUAUAUAUAAAGUUAUAUAAAGUUAUCAGAAGCUAAAAAUGAAAAAUGUUACAAUACAUUUGGAACCCAAUAAAAGAGUCUCCCUUUUCGAUAGGCUUAAUGUU